AUGCCCGUUAACAUUUGCGUGCUCGCCAAACAGGUCGUUGACCCUGAGAUGCCGGCCGCUGCCUUUCGAAUCGACAGCGAUUCCCUGCAAGUCGUCACACCGCUCAACAUCCCCCCGGUGGUCAAUGGUUUUGACGAGAACGCCGUGGAAGCUGCCCUGCGAAUCAAGGAUGCGCAGGACGCCAACAUCACCGUAAUUUCGUCAGGCUCGACGUUCGCGCUGGACGUGAUGAAAAAACCGCUGUCCAUGGGCGCCGAUGAGCUCGUUUUGCUGCAAGACGACGCGUUCUCCAACACCAUCGACGCCUUCCUGACGGUGCAGAUGCUGGCCGCCGCCGUCAAAAAACUGGGCGGAUUCGAUUUGAUUAUCUGCGGGAGGCAAGCUUCCGACUGGGACAACGCGCAGGUUCCCCUGGGCGUUGCCGAAACCCUCGGCGUGGCCUGCAUCACCCUGUGCAAAAAGGUAAACGUGCAGGACAACAAAGUGAUUGUUGAGCGCCUGGCGCCGGACGGCUACGAUGUAGUUGAAGCUCACCUGCCCGCGUUGGUAACCGUCAGCAAUGAGCUGGGACAGCCGCGCUAUCCCACGCUACGUGGCAUCAUGGCCGCCACCCGCAAACGCCCUACCGUCUGGACAACCGGUGACCUGGACCUGAGUCCUGACCAGCUGGAGCCACGCAUAACAUUGCACGACCUUUUCAUUCCCCAGAGCGAUCAGGAAUGCGAACUCAUCGAGGGCGACGAUGACGCCGACUCGGCCCGCAAGCUGGCUCUGCGCCUGCGCGAAGACCGCCUCAUUUAG